AUGGGGCGGAGAAAGUUGGAGAUGAAGCGAAUUGAAGACAAGAGUAGAAGACAAGUGACGUUUUCAAAGCGGAGAUCAGGGUUAAACAAGAAAGCGCAGCGGCUUUCCGUUCUCUGCGACGCUGCUGUCGCCGUCGUCGUCUUCUCCUCCAGUGGCAAGCUUUAUGAAUACUGCAGCGGCGGUACGAACAGGUCAGCCAUCGUUUUGUAUUAUAUUCAAUUAUCAUAUUCUUUACCCUUUCUACUGCUGUCAUGUACGAAGCAAUAA